AUACUAACAAAAAUAUAAGAAAUAAAAACCAAAGAGGGGAAGCAAGGCAUCCUAGAGAAACAAGGGCCCGUUUUUGUUAAUGGCAUUUGAUGUUGACUAAUUGUAUGACUGAAAAUGACUCGUAAUGCAUUAGUGGCUUCUCAGCGGUGCUCUGGCUUUCAUUAAAUAGAGAGUUAACGGAAGAAGAAGACAAAGAAGAAGAAAGAGAGAAGAGGAAGAAGAAGGAAGAUGGGUGGAGAUUUCUACUUAAUUCCUAAGGAUACUCUUAUAACAAGACUUCCAAGAAGAUCUCCCAGCACACUGAGGAUGAUUAUGUUAGCCGUGGUUAUGAUGUGCAGUAUUUAUAUAUCCUCUAUUUGUUUAAAACAAACAAGGAUCCAUAUCAAGCAUGAAACAAAGAGGACCAAACCAUUGGAAAGAUAUUCUUAUGAUGCUAUGCUUGUUGGUUUGAAGCAAACAGAGGACCAGAUCACACGAGAAGUAUUAAUGAAGAAAAGACCAGUAGAAGAACAUAAUUACGAUCCUGAGAAACCAAUAGAGGAACAUAAUCUAUCUGUUAAGAAAACAGAGCACCAAAUCAAGCCUGAACUCCUGAGGACGAAUCGAAGAGAAGGAUAUCCUUCUGCUCCUGGACCUGUUACUUUGGAGCAACCAGUGACCCAGACAAAGCUAGAAAUUAUAAGAGCAAAGCCAGUGGAGACUUAUAAUCAGAAAAUUGUUGGUUUGACUCAAGAAGAAACCAAAAGCACAAACACGAUUGGACAACACUCUUAUGAUUCUAGUAACAGAUUGAACCAAACAGAGAUUCACAUAAAUCAAGAACCAGCAGAGACAAAACCGAUAGAACCCCAUUCUAGCGUCUCGGCAAUUGUUACUUCAGAGCAACCAAAAAUUCUGAUUAAUCCACCAAAGGAUCAACAGACUUAUGAUCGUAGCAUUAAUAUUCAUUUGAAUAAGACCACAGUCCUGGUCAAGCCCAAAUUGGCGAGGGUUGAGCCACCACAAUGCGUACUAGAUCCUGAAGUACCUCAAUCAGAGAUUCCUUAUCUCCACUUUCCAGUACCCACAAACUAUAGAAGGAGAGAGUGUGCAUGCACUUCAGUUCGCUUUUUUGUUAUUAUGUCGAGUCAAAGGUCAGGAACCAAGUGGUUGGAGAGUUUGUUGAACAGUCAUAUCAAUAUUAGCUCGAACGGGGAGAUAUUUCUUGAUAGAAAAAUGUGCGCUAAUGCAUCAAUCAUCUCAAGGCAAUUGGACACAGUUUAUAAUCUUGAAAUGGAACAUACUGCAGCUAGGAGUCAAUGCACGUCAGCUGUGGGCUUCAAAUGGAUGCUUAAUCAGGGCCUCAUGGAGCACAGAAGAGAGGUUUUCAACUACUUCAAACAAAAAGGGGUGUUAGUGAUCUUCCUAUUUAGAAGAAAUCAACUACGCCGCAUGAUCUCUUUACUAGCAAAUGACCAGGAUCCUACACUACUUAAUGGAACACAUAAGGCUCAUGUAAUUUCGAAGCAAGAGGCAGAGAUAUUAGCAAAUUACAAGCCGAAGCUUGACCCCAGGAACUUGGUUGCAAGACUGAAACGUGAAUUUGACAUUGCUAAUGAAGCUGUAGGGCACUUCAAGAGCAUCCGCAACAUGUUUCUCUACUAUGAGGAUCUUAUUCAGAAUAACACGCAAAAGCUAAAUGAAGUUAUGGAUUUUCUCCAUGUACCAAGGCAACCAUUGCAUAGUGGUCAUGUAAAGAUACAUACAAGACCCUUGUCUCAAAUGGUGCGGAACUGGAGUGCCGUUAGAAAAGCCCUCAGAGGAUCUCAGUAUGAGAAGUUCUUAACGUCAGAGAAAUAAAUGUAGAUGAGUUCUAUUUCUUUCUUUUUUUUUCCCUUUUUUUAAUUUAUUUGGUACAUUUUCUCUUCUUAAUUUUAUCCAAGGUGUGAACUUGUCACCAGCAGAAGUGUGCAAGAUUUAGUGAGAGGAUGAAAGCAUUUGAGGAACACUUAUCUAGUUUUUUCGGCAAAAGUUUGUUGCAAAAAAUUGCUAUAUUCUUAGUUGUUUCUUUGUCCAAUUUUA